UCUAGAAUGAGGAUGGGUUUAUUCUGCCAGGAUUAGUGGUGGUGUCUGACAUUGGAGGAGUAGGAGAUUGACCAGUCCGAUGCAUGCCCAAAGAAAAAUACGAACCCCCUGACCCUCGGAGGAUGUACACAAUUAUGUCCUCUGAGGAAGCAGCAAAUGGAAAGAAAUCACAUUGGGCAGAGCUUGAAAUAAGUGGAAAAGUAAGAAGCUUAAGCUCAUCUUUGUGGUCACUAACUCACUUGACAGCUUUGCAUCUGAGUGACAAUUCCCUGUCCCGCAUUCCUUCAGACAUUGCCAAACUUCACAAUCUGGUGUAUCUGGACCUGUCCUCUAACAAAAUCCGGAGUUUACCGGCGGAACUCGGAAACAUGGUAUCACUCAGGGAACUCCAUUUAAAUAACAACCUGUUACGAGUUCUACCCUUUGAGCUGGGAAAACUGUUUCAGUUGCAGACUUUAGGCCUGAAAGGAAAUCCACUUACCCAGGAUAUAUUGAACCUCUAUCUGGAACCAGAUGGAACAAGAAGGCUACUGAACUAUUUGCUUGAUAAUUUGGCAGGUACUGCAAAAAGAAUUUCAACAGAACAACCACCUCCAAGAUCUUGGAUUAUGUUACAAGAACCAGACAGAACAAGGCCAACUGCCUUGUUUUCUGUCAUGUGCUAUAAUGUUCUUUGUGAUAAAUAUGCCACCCGGCAGUUAUACGGCUAUUGUCCAUCAUGGGCACUAAAUUGGGAGUACAGGAAAAAGGCCAUUAUUCAAGAAAUCUUGAGCUGCAAUGCUGAUAUCAUAAGUCUUCAGGAGGUUGAAACAGAACAGUAUUACAGUUUUUUUCUGGUAGAACUGAAAGAACGUGGCUAUAAUGGAUUCUUUAGUCCUAAAUCUAGAGCUAGGACAAUGUCAGAACAAGAGAGAAAACAUGUUGAUGGCUGUGCAAUAUUCUUCAAGACAGAAAAAUUUACUUUGGUUCAGAAACACACUGUUGAAUUUAAUCAGCUAGCGAUGGCAAAUUCAGAAGGGUCUGAAGCUAUGCUGAACAGAGUCAUGACAAAAGAUAACAUUGGAGUUGCAGUACUGCUAGAACUUCGAAGGGAAUUGAUUGAAAUGUCAUCUGGAAAGCCACAUCUUGGACCAGAAAAACAACUUAUUCUCGUGGCUAAUGCUCAUAUGCAUUGGGACCCUGAAUACUCUGAUGUGAAGUUGGUUCAAACAAUGAUGUUCCUCUCAGAAGUGAAGAAUAUUAUUGAUAAAGCCUCACGAAGCCUCCAGUCCGGUGUAUUGGGAGAAUUUGGAACUAUUCCACUGGUGUUGUGUGCAGAUCUUAAUUCUUUGCCAGACUCUGGUGUUGUAGAAUAUUUGAGCACUGGUGGAGUAGAAACAAACCAUAAAGACUUUAAGGAACUGAGAUAUAAUGAAAGUCUCACAAACUUCAGCUGUAAUGGGAAAAACGGGACAACCAAUGGCAGGAUCACUCAUGGUUUCAAGUUAAAGAGUGCCUACGAGAGUGGCUUGAUGCCUUACACAAACUACACAUUUGACUUCAAGGGUAUAAUUGACUACAUCUUCUAUUCUAAACCUCAGCUGAACACUUUAGGCAUCCUGGGACCUCUGGACCACCAUUGGCUAGUUGAGAAUAAUAUCAGCGGCUGCCCACACCCACUCAUCCCCUCUGAUCACUUCUCACUUUUUGCACAACUGGAGCUCUUACUGCCUUUCCUGCCCCAAGUUAAUGGCAUUCACCUUCCUGGCAGGAGGUAGUCAAGUGUCUUCAGAGGACGACCUCAAUUUUAUUUGUAAAGUCAUAAAAAAUCUGAAUAUAGGAGAGUGAGGUAUGGCCACUAGGGUUUUUUUUUUUCCUUAAUGAUGAUUUGAGUUUUCAAUCUGAUUAUUUGAUAAGGAUAUAGUAUGAAAGCCAGGUGCUAGCAACAGACAAAUUCUGAGCCCAGUAUGCUUUAUAUACUGUUAGACAGGGAUUGGUGUCUUUGCACCUAUCUUUAAUUUGUUACAAGUAAUUUUCCUGUUUCUUCUAUUCAAUAUAAUAUUUUCAUGCCUUGACAUAGGAAAAUGUUUGAACAGCAUAUUCUCUUUGCACAGAAAUCCAUAGCACUACUUUUUUGAGGCCAGUAAUAACAUCCAGAGACCGUUCUUCCAUACUUUACUCCCUCCUUUUUCAGACUUGUUUAUAAAAUAAAUAAUUUGAAUUUAGCCUUUAUGAUUGUAUAUAAUCCACAGAAGACCUGAUUUAUGAAAUUUUGUACUAAAAAAAAUCAGAUUUGCAAAUGACUGUAUUAUAAACUAAGGCUAAGGUUUUUUUACCUGUUUCGUGUGUUAUAAAGGCCAGCUUGUAAAAGAAGUUGCAACAGACUUUCUCUGCUGAUGAUUUGCACUGUUAGGGUUUUGUUAGCCCUUUUGUACUACUUUAUUUUUAAGUUGAGAACAUUGCUCUCUAAAUCUGUUUUUUCUCGGACCAGAGACAACUUAUCUAUGAAUUCCUGGGUUGUUAUGAAAACUAUCUACCAGGAGAGAUAAGGUGAGCAGUGAAUGAUCUGUAGGCAUUUAUGGACUGAAUGUAGUGGUUGAUACAUGUACAUUCUGAUAUUUUUAAAAUCUUUAACUUUUUUAAGUUGAAAAAUUACAGCUGCUUAGGUACAGCUUCUUAACUCCUUUUUGAGACACUUCUUGUCCUAUCUCCACUGUGCCUGCCUAAAUUUGUUCUCACCAAGCACUGCCUGUGCAUGCAGAGAAAAUCUGUGCAUCCUCUUUUAUAUUUUUAAAUACUGUUU